UACAGUGUAAAGUUUUAGAUAAUAAGAUUCUGAGAGAGAAAAAAAAGAAAAAGAAAAGAGUUACAUGAGAAUAAUAAAAUGGGAGCAAAUGAGGAAAUAGAUAGAGAAUAGAGAAGAGAGGCGUUGGGGCAGAAGACUCGCGUGCUGAGUUGUUGUGGUGUGUUGUGUUGGACUGAGUUUUCUCGUUAGCCUCUCAAAUCGGGAAAUCACCAUUGAAAUUGAAAACCUCCUUUCACUACUACACGUGUAAUGUAAACCCUUUUCUCCUUCUUCUUCUUCCCAAUUAAAAAAAAACCUAUCUUUUUCUUAUUACCUUAGUGGAGAGAUACCCAAAUCAGAAAGGUUCCUUCUUUAUAACUCCGAGGACUCUUUGGUGUUUGCUUUCUGGUGAAUCCUUUGAUGGGUUUUGGCGUUUUCAGUUGAGAAACCAUUCUGGGUUACGAAUCAGGGGUUCUAGUGUGAGAGGAAAGUGUGGUUUCAGGUGAGGAGUAAUGGAGGGUGAAGGGAUCUCAGCUGAGCGGAGAGUGGAGAUCAGAGUAAGGAAGAAUGGGAGAAAGGAUAAGGUUAUAGUUGAGAAAUCUGCAGCUAAAGGUUUACCUGAAGGAUGGAUCAAGAAGCUUGAAAUAACAAACAGAUCAGGCCGUAAAAUCAGAAGAGAUCCGUUCUUUAUUGACCCUAAAAGUGGGUAUAUCUUUCAAUCCUUCAAAGAUGCAUCACGGUAUGUUAAGACUGGCGAUAUUGGACAUUAUGCACGUAAGGUGAAGGAAAGCUAUACCGAAGAUGAUGAUUCCGGAAAUGGAAAGACCGUCCUUUGUCUGCAGUCUGUGGAAAAGAGAUCUGCUGAUGAUUUAUUGGAAAAGGAGAAAAAGAUAGAUACUCAUGUCAGAGAAAGUAAACGGAGAAACUUAUCUACUUCUGAUGAACAUUCCAAGAAGUGUAAUAUGAAUUCUGACUUGAGCAUCGUAGCCUCACAUGUUCUUGAGGAUUUGGGGGAGAAGGAAGUGGCGAAAGAUCCUAUCGAAAAGCAGCCUAUAGUGAAACGGGUUACUAGGAGCCAAGCUAAAGCCAGUAAGAAUGAGGAAGUCGUAGAUUUAAAAAGAAAGAACCCGUCUUCAUCAAAUGCAAAAUCAGCAAAAGAGUCUGUAAAAUCCAGAUUGAGGAGCAAUGCAAGGUCACAAGAACCAAAGAAGGAAUCUGUUAUGAAGGAAGAAGAGGAAAAAGGUUCUACUGAAAAACGGAUUACAAGGAGUAAAGCUAAAGUGAAGACGAAGGAGCUAAGUAAUAGUGUAGCCCGGCGAACAUCAAAACGAUUAGCUGGUAUUGAGCUUGAACCAACGCCUGAACUGAAGACAAGAACCAAAGUUCAACGAAUAGUACCUCCUGAUGAACAACAGACGCCUGAAUGUAAUAAGACAGGAACCAAAGCUCAACGAAUAAUACCUCCUGAUGAUGGCACAGCCGGAAAGUGCACUGAUGAUGAACAGACGCCUGAAUGUAAUAAGAUAGGAACCAAAGCUCAACGAAUAACAGCUCCUGAUGAUGGCACAGCCGGAAAGUGCAAGCAACCUGUGAAUCCUGUUGCUACCAGCGGAUUGAACGAGACGGAGAUACCCCUCAACAAGGAAGCAGCUAAAAGCUAUAUUGAAAAUCGUUCUCAGAAACCAUAUGCUGCUGCUGCUGCUACAAGCAAUAAUCGUGUGAGUGCAGAAAUGGCAGUGGGAGUUAAAAAGAUCCGUAAAUCAGUAGGCAGAAAGCCUUCUGUAGACAAGAAGACAGUGAAAACACCACCGAUUAUAUAUGAACUGAAUCCAGUUUUUCAUCUUGACGGUUACAUGCAGAAGGAAGAAAUGUCGCCUGUCUCACCAUUGUCUUGCGAAACUUCUGCAUCAAAGUGGGAGAAGACAGCAGCAGGCAAAAGACUGGGACGGUCUAGUCCAAAGGCUAAACUUACUACCAGUGUGAAAGCAACGGAGACAUCGGCUUCGAGAUCACCAAAUAAAGGAAAGCAUCCAUAUCCUUGUGAUAGUAGUAAUACCAUUCAAAGGAGAAAUAAAUUAGGCAACGAGUUAUCUAACGCAUCUGUCGUAAGAGGCGCUUGCUCAGAAGUGAUGGAGAAGAAUACCAACAGCUUCUCUUCAGCAUAUAACUCGACUCUUGCAGAUCUUUGGAAAGAUCCUUGCAUCGCCUUUGCUAUCAAAACUCUGACCGGAGGAGAGUCGCUGCAUCUUCCCAACACCACAGCAAUCUCUUCUGAUCCCAUUAACAAUCAUACCAAGCAGAAAGGAGUCUCCUUUAUCCCAGAGACUCCUGGUAAUGUUAACACAUGCUCUGAAAAACCAAGUGAACCCCCAGUUCCGGAUAUCUGGAAAGACCCGUGUAUCGACUUUGCUAUAAAAACUCUGACAGGCGCCAUCCCAAUAGGGUUAGAUGAACCACAAGUGAAAUCCAAGUCCGACGGAAUGACGAUAACCACAGCAGCAGUGCAAGAACAGGAAGGUAGGUCAAGCAACUGUGAUCAUUUGGUUCAACAAUGUAACAUGAAGAACAAGUCUGUGGCUAAAGGAGACUUGUGUGCACAAUCUUUAUCUAAGGACUAACAGCAAGAAGAAAUAAAAGCUUAGUGUUUUAGUUCCGUAUGUUAGGGGGCCUUUUGAUAACGCCAUGGGUGAUAGAUAGUAUAAGAUCCAUGUGCAAUGCCUUAGUCUUGUACUUAGGUAGCCAUGUUCUGUAAAAUACAUAAUGUAUUAGUUUUGUGUAUCGACAGAACCUGGAGAAAACUCUUAACCACCUCAAUGAUCUUGUUUCUCGUCUGUAACAUUGGUUGUUUGAUCGUUUCUUCUUAAAAGUUAGCCUUUUUAAACUCAA